AUGUCCAGCUCGCCGCUGUCCAAGAAGCGUCGCGUGUCAGGACCAGAGACGAAGACGGGAUCUCACUGCUCCUCCGCCAACUCUGUGAGAACUGAACUGUCCCACAACCCUGCCAACGGCAUGGCUAAGAAUGGCAACGAGGCCGAGAUUGACGAAGGGCUGUACUCCCGUCAGCUGUACGUGCUGGGCCACGAGGCCAUGAAGCGCAUGCAGGCCUCCAACGUGCUGAUCUCGGGGAUGCGGGGGCUGGGCGUGGAGAUCGCCAAGAACGUGAUCCUGGGCGGCGUGAAGAGCGUGACCGUGCACGACUCCGGGAACGCCGAGUGGAGGGACCUGUCCUCGCAGUUCUACCUGCGCGAGGAAGACCUGGGCAAGAACCGGGCCGAGACCAGCCAGCCGCGCCUGGCAGAGCUCAACAGCUACGUCCCCGUGAGCGCCUACACUGGCACGCUGUCCGAGGACUACCUCACGCAGUUCCAGGUGGUGGUCCUGACCAACUCCAGCCUCGAGGAGCAGCUGCGCAUCGGGGGGUUCUGCCACAGCAAGGGCAUCAAGCUGAUCAUCGCCGACACCCGCGGCCUCUUCGGCCAGCUGUUCUGUGACUUUGGGGAGGAGAUGAUGGUGUUUGACAACAACGGAGAGCAGCCUCUCAGUGCCAUGAUCUCCAUGAUAACAAAGGAUAGCGCGGGGGUGGUGACGUGCUUGGACGAGGCGAGGCACGGGUUCGAGACCGGGGACUAUGUGACCUUCACUGAGGUCCAGGGCAUGACAGAGCUCAACGGCUGCCAGCCAGUGGAGAUCAAGGUGCUGGGUCCCUACACCUUCAGCAUCUGCGACACCAGCUCCUUCUCGGACUACGUCAGAGGUGGGAUCGUCUCCCAGGUCAAGGUGCCCAAGAAGAUCAGCUUUAAAUCGCUGUCUGCUGCCAUGGCGGAGCCCGAGUUCCUGAUGACAGACUUUGCCAAGUUUGAUCGCCCAGGCCAGCUGCACGUGUGCUACCAGGCCCUACAUCACUUCGAGAAGAAACAUGGCCGGUUGCCAAAGCCCUGGAGCCAGGCGGAUGCAGACGAGCUGGUCGCUCUGGCCCGGACCCUGAACGCCGGGCUGUCAGGCUGUGCCAAGCAGGAGCAGCUGGACGAGGGGGUGCUGCGGAAGAUGGCGUACGUGGCCGCCGGGGACCUCGCGCCCGUCAAUGCCUUCAUUGGGGGGCUGGCCGCUCAGGAGGUCAUGAAGGCCUGCACAGGGAAGUUCAUGCCCAUCAUGCAGUGGCUGUAUUUCGACGCCCUGGAGUGCCUGUCGGAGACAGAGGGGGCUCUGCUGACAGAGGAAGAGUGUGCACCUAGGAACUGCCGGUACGACGGACAGAUUGCUGUUUUUGGGUCCAAGAUGCAGGAGAAAUUGGCCAAGCAGAGAUACUUCCUGGUGGGAGCUGGUGCCAUCGGCUGUGAGCUGCUGAAGAACUUUGCCAUGAUUGGUCUGGCGAGUGGGGAGGGUGGGGAGAUCAUAGUGACGGACAUGGACACCAUAGAGAAGUCCAACCUCAACAGACAGUUCCUCUUCAGACCCUGGGAUGUGACGAAAAUGAAGUCGGAGACUGCAGCCGCUGCAGUGAAGCAGAUGAACCCAGCAGUGCGGAUCACGGGCCAUCAGAACCGAGUGGGGCCCGACACCGAGAAGAUCUACGAUGACGACUUCUUUGAGGGGCUGCACGGAGUGGCCAACGCGCUGGACAACGUGGAUGCACGGAUGUACAUGGACCGGCGCUGUGUGUACUACAGGAAGCCCCUGCUGGAGUCUGGGACGCUGGGCACCAAGGGCAAUGUGCAGGUGGUCAUCCCCUUCCUCACAGAGUCCUACAGCUCCAGCCAGGACCCGCCUGAGAAGUCCAUCCCCAUCUGCACCCUCAAGAACUUCCCCAACGCCAUCGAGCACACGCUGCAGUGGGCUCGUGACGAAUUUGAAGGGCUCUUCAAGCAGCCAGCGGAGAACGCCACGCAGUACCUCACGGACCCCAAGUUCAUGGAGCGUACCCUGAAGCUGCCGGGCGCGCAGCCGCUGGAGGUGCUGGAGGCUGUGUACAAGAGCCUGGUGACGGACUGCCCCCGGUCCUGGGAGGACUGCGUGGCCUGGGCACGGAACCACUGGCAGUGCCAGUACAGCAACAACAUCCGCCAGCUGCUGCACAACUUCCCCCCGGAGCAGCUCACCAGCUCUGGAGCGCCUUUCUGGUCUGGUCCCAAGAGGUGCCCUCAUCCCUUAGCGUUCGACCCCAACAACGACCUGCACAUGGACUACAUCCUCGCAGCGGCCAACCUGUUCGCCCACACGUACGGCCUGCAGGGCUCCAGGGACAGGCCGGCCGUGGUGCGCAUCCUGGACUCCGUCAAGGUCCCCGAGUUCACCCCCAAGUCAGGCGUCAAGAUCCACGUGUCCGAUCAGGAGCUGCAGAGCGCCAACGCCUCCGUCGAUGAUUCCAGACUGGAGGAGCUGAAGUCGUUGCUUCCCGGCACAGACAGCCUGUCCGGGUUUAAGCUGUGUGCCAUUGAAUUUGAGAAGGAUGAUGACACCAAUUUCCACAUGGACUUUAUUGUAGCUGCUUCAAACCUGAGAGCAGAGAACUAUGACAUUCCUCCCGCCGACAGACACAAGAGCAAGCUGAUUGCAGGGAAGAUCAUCCCAGCCAUCGCCACCACUACAGCAGCAGUGGUGGGACUGGUGUGCCUGGAGCUCUUGAAGAUCGUCCAGGGACACAAGAAGCUGGAAUCGUACAAGAACGGCUUCAUGAACCUGGCGCUGCCCUUCUUCGCCUUCUCCGAGCCCAUAGCUGCACCCACGCACAAGUACUAUGAGAAGGAAUGGACGUUGUGGGACCGCUUCGAGGUGAAGGGAGCCCAGCCCAGCGGGGAGGAGAUGACCCUCAGACAGUUCCUGGACUACUUCAAGAACGAGCACAAGCUGGAGAUCACCAUGCUGUCGCAGGGCGUGUCCAUGCUCUACUCCUUCUUCAUGCCUGCAGCCAAACUGAAGGAGCGCCUGGACCUGUCAAUGACGGAGAUCGUGACCAAGGUGUCCAAGAAAAAGCUGGGGAAGCACGUGAAGGCGCUGGUGUUCGAGCUGUGCUGCAACGAUGACACGGAUGAGGACGUGGAAGUGCCCUACGUCCGCUACACCAUUCGCUGAGCCCGGGGGCGGGGCCAGGGCAGGGGCAGGGGCGGGGGGGGGGGUGAACACCAUUCACUGAGAAGUGGGAGGAGUCGAUACCAGUUACUCAAGGCUGUGGGAAGGAGCUGGUGCAAUGUAGGUGUGGCACAUUUGGGGAAGGGGUGGGGAAAACUGAUCUAAUUUUACCAACCUUGGAGUUGUUACAGCGGGGGUGUUUUAACAGGUUCAACUCCUUAUAUAUGUAUAUUGUGGAGUCAUAACCUCAGAAUUAAGGAGAUAGUUCUAACUACCAUUCUGUGAAACCCUAGGAGAAAAGAUAGCAUGUUGGCUAGGACCGAAUUCCCCUGGGGCGUUUUAGACUAAGCGCUGGGUUGACCUGCAGACAGUGCUUGGCUUUCAGCACUCCCAGAGGCCAGGGCUGACUCACAGAGUUCCAGAGAGCAGCCUGGGCUGUACGUGGAGACAAGGGAUUGCAACGCUAGGCCUUUUACACUCCCUUCUAAACCUUUAAACUUCUGAACUCUUGCCUCCUAUUAAAACCAUUCUCGGCUCCAGUUUUUGUGUUUUUUGCUAAAUACCUAGAUGUUUGCUUGGAUUCUGCAUGCAUGGAGAAGCACUAUCAAGCUUGUGCCCUGUUGUGCAUUUAGCUUUGGAAAACCCAGUUCUCUGAAAAGACCAGGCUCUCAGUCAUGGUUGCAAAGGCUGCAGUGGCUGCUGUUUGACUCUGUAGCCACUGGAGGGAGCAUCACUGCUCUCUCUGCUCUUACUGGCCCACUGUCUGCCCUGUUGGACAGCAGCUUGCGUAUUUAAAACCCACAGUCAACCCACAUACCACUUCGCCAAAUGUUUUGCACCUUAGUUGCACUGCUUGGAAAUUCACGGGAAUCAUUGAAGCAGACAGGAAUUUUCCCCUACGGAUGUGGAGGGAUUGAAAAAUGUCCUUUUAAACAGGCUGCUCUGCUCUCACAAGUAAAAUUAUAUCUGAAGUUAAACUUCAUCCUGUUUUUGUUUUAUCAGAUGAAGGGAUUGCUGCAAUCCACUUCCUUCCCAAAGCUUUAUUAGGUUUCCCAAGUAUUUUACCACUUUAAUUUAUUGAUGCAGUUAAAGCUCACGAGUGUGGCUUGUGACAGCAAGCGCACCUGUGCACCUGUCGGCAGGCCCCUCCCCGCUCCUGCGAUUGGGCGGUGGUACGGUUUGUGAAUAUUCCUUUCCUGUGAUUGGUUGUUUCGGUGAAGGGAUGGGCGCUCGCACAUUAUUAAUUUUUUUUGUUUUAUUGGUCAGAACUCUGACACACCUUGUAGACUUGACCUUUUAUUCUUUCUACUUUGUUUAAACUCCAGAUAUGUUACAGUGAAUAAGGUGAAGAGUAUUCUGUAAUGGGAGCACUUAGUGUGAGAGUUAAUAAAGUUGUAAAAGAAC